GAGACUAUCCAUCGGAGCGGCGCCGUCCCGGAAUUAUGGAUAUAUUGCCAUUAAAUUUCCGAGUUUUCUGGUUCUGCGGUGCAUGGAGCGAAGAGAAGGAUAAUAAUCUUUUCGUUCGUUGCUUAAGUUUGUGCUACAGGUAUGCCAUCGUUACAUUAUUAUACGAGUUUACGAUAUUGGAAGUAAUCGAGCUUGUAAGGACGCACGACAAUAUAGAAGAUAUAACUGAAGGACUCUUCCUAGCGUUAACUUAUGUAGCAUUUUGCUUUAAAUACGGAAAUUUCUUAGCGCGACAAAACGAAGUGUCCAUGUUGCUGGACUGUUUUCGAAGCGAAACGUGUCAGCCAAAGAAUUCCGAAGAAAAGAUGAUCCUCCUUAAGUACGAUCGCAAAGCCAAGUGGUGCGUUCGAACUUUCAUGAGUAUAUCUCAAGCUACUUGUAUAGCUCUUAUACUCGCCCCUAUUGUGGGACCUCAGAAUAGCGACAGACCACUGCCGGUCAAGACAUACCUGCCGUACUCGAUAUCCGGCUUAUAUCCGUACCUGGCGACUUACCUUCAGCACGUAGGCGCAAUAUUUUACGGGGUACUGUUGAACGUUUCGUUCGACUCCCUCGUCUACGGCUUCACCCUUCACGCCUGCGGGCAGAUCGAGCUGCUGCGCUAUCGUCUGUCGAAGAUCUUCAAGGAUCGUCCAGAGCAAUAUCGAAUCGAUUCGAGCAAAGGCACGAUGAUCAGCGAGUGCGUGAGACAUCACUUAUACGUACACGAGAUCGUGCGCAGGAUACAGUCGUUGUUUGUGUGGACCGUGGCGAUUUUAUUCAUUUUCAGCAUGGUCACCUUGUGCACCAGUAUUUUCCAAAUGUCCAAGAAGAAGAUUCUCAGCGUCAAAUUUCUCUCGUUGACUAUGUACCUCGGCUGCAUGCUGUUUCAAGUGUUCUUCUACUGCUGGUAUGGAAAUGAAUUGCAACUGAAG